AUGUCUUUAAACAUUUUAGUUUUAGGGAACGGUGGUAGAGAACAUGCUUUGGUUUGGAAGCUCGAGCAAUCCAAGAGUGUGGGAAAAAUAUAUGUGUGCCCAGGCAACGGUGGUACUGGCAAGGAUAGUGAGGGAAAAAUUGUUAAUGUCCCAGAAUUGAAUCUCUCUCCUUCCAACUUCGAGAAAUUGGCUCAAUUUGCUUCGCAACAUGAAAUUGGUUUGGUCGUUCCCGGUCCAGAGCAACCACUUGUAGAUGGAAUCUCAGAUGUUUUUGCCAAAAUUGGUGUACCCGUUUUUGGUCCGUCUGCAAAGGCUGCUGUUUUCGAAGGAUCUAAGACGUUCUCCAAAGAUUUCAUGGCCAGACACAAUAUCCCAACUGCUCGUUAUGCCAAUUUUUCAAAUUAUGAUGAAGCUAAGAAAUAUUUGGAUACCGUUGAUUACAAUGUCGUUUUGAAAGCUGAUGGUAUCGCUGCCGGCAAAGGUGUUCUUAUACCAACUACAAAGGAAGAGGCCCAAGAAGCUUUAAAAGUCAUCAUGGUUGAAAGACAAUUUGGCGCUGCCGGUGAUUCUGUUGUUAUUGAGGAGUUUUUAGAAGGUGAUGAAAUUUCUAUCCUAACUUUAUCCGAUGGCUACAUUUACUUUAAUUUACCGCCAGCCCAAGACCAUAAGAGAAUUGGCGAAAAUGAUACUGGACUGAACACUGGUGGAAUGGGUGCAUAUGCACCUGCGCCAGCUGCAUCUCCAAAGCUUUUGAAGGAAAUCGAUUCUGAAAUCAUCAAACCUAGUAUUGAUGGUAUGAGGAAAGACCGCUUACCAUUUGUCGGUGUGUUGUUCACUGGUAUAAUCCUGACUAAGGAUGGUCCAAAAGUUUUGGAGUAUAAUGUAAGAUUCGGUGAUCCGGAGACUCAAACUGUUCUUCCGCUUUUGUCAGACGAUACAGAUUUAGCUGAAGUAUUUCUGGCCGCAGCAGAACAUAGACUUGACUCAGUGAGUCUCAAGAUAAAAGAAAACACUUUUGCUACAACUGUAGUUUUAGCUGCUGGUGGCUAUCCAGAGAGCUACGCCAAGGGAGACGAGAUUACCAUAGAUAGAGAUAACUUACCUCAAAACACCUUUGUUUUCCACGCAGGUACUGCUAAACGAGCAGAUGGUAAGAUUGUUACCGCCGGUGGAAGGGUUAUUGCUGCUUCUGCAGUUGCUUCAACCUUGAGAGAAGCAGUUGAUAGGGCCUAUGAAGCAGUUGAAUGUAUUAAAUUCCAAAAUAGAUACUUUAGAAAGGAUAUUGCCCACAGAGCUUUCAAAGCUGCGAAAUCGUCCGGUAUUACUUAUGCUGAAGCCGGUGUUUCUGUCGACAAUGGUAAUGCAUUCGUUCAAAAGAUCAAAAACAACGUUAAAUCUACCUCCCGUCCAGGCGCAGACUCCGAUAUCGGCGGAUUUGGUGGUGUGUUUGACUUGAAAGGAGCAGGGUUCAACCUUGAUGAUACACUACUGGUCGCAGCUACUGAUGGUGUUGGUACAAAAUUAAUGAUUGCCCAAGAAUCAAACAUUCACGACACUGUUGGUAUCGAUCUUGUAGCAAUGAAUGUUAAUGAUUUAGUUGUUCAGGGUGCUGAGCCAUUAUUAUUUCUGGAUUACUUCGCUACAGGAGCCUUAGAUAUCAAAAUUGCCUCAGAUUUUGUGUCUGGUGUUGCUGAUGGCUGUAUUCAAAGUGGGUGCGCAUUAGUUGGUGGUGAAACAUCCGAAAUGCCUGGUAUGUAUCCUGCUGGCCAUUAUGAUACCAAUGGUACUGCUGUUGGUGCCGUUAGAAAGGGUGAUAUUUUACCCAAGAUUGAAGACAUGGAGGCAGGGAAUGUUCUUUUAGGUCUUGCAUCUGACGGUCUUCAUUCUAAUGGGUUCUCAUUGGUGAGAAAGGUUAUUGAACACAAAGGAUUGUCAUAUGCUUCUGAAUGUCCAUGGGAUAGUUCAAAGACGUUAGCUGAAGGUACUUUGGUUCCAACUAGAAUAUAUGUCAAACAGCUGUUACCAAGUAUCAAAGAGAAAUUACUGUUAGGUUUAGCGCACAUAACAGGUGGUGGUCUGGUUGAAAACAUUCCAAGAGCGCUUCCAAGUCAUCUUCAAGCCAAAGUUGAUAUGUCCACAUGGACCAUUCCUCCGGUUUUCAAAUGGUUUGGAAAAGCUGGUGAUAUUCCAGUCGAUGACAUUUUGAAAACAUUCAAUAUGGGUAUCGGUAUGGUUUUAAUUGUUAAGAAGGAGAAUGUCUCCAGAGUUAAGGAACUACUAGAGGAAGCUAAUGAAACCGUAUUUGAAAUUGGCUCUUUGGUAACGAAAGAAGAAGGUCAACCUGGCUGUGUUAUUGAUAACUGUCUAAAUCUGUAUUAG